AUGAGUAAACAACCCGAACACCAAAAAGAUAUUGCUCACCAUCAUCAUCACCAUGAGGAUCAUCAUGAUUGUUGUUGUGGAUGUCAUCAUGAGAAGCCUCUUCAACUCUUCAAAAUGUAUCCCGAGCUAGAAACCAUCACUCCCAAUGACGCCAAAAAAUCCCGACUUCAUGAAUUGUUGGUAGAUGAUAACAAGUUUUUGUGGAGUGGAUAUCGAAAGCUUCCAGUUAAUGAUUUCAAAAGGUCCUUCCUCUCAAUGUUUACACUUCAUAAUGAAACUGUAAAUAUUUGGAAUCAUUUGAUACCCUCUUUAAUUUAUUGCGUGGUUGCUUUCUAUAUUGACCACUAUGUUACAUUGGUAAACCCAAAGGCAAGAUGGACCGAUAGAGCUAGCUUUAUUUUCUAUUGUGUAACAGGUAUUUUCACAUUUGGAUUCAGUGCCAUGUAUCACACUUGGAGAAUGAAUAGUGUGAAUGACUAUCAUUUUUGCUUGCUAUGUGAUAUUAGAGGAAUUGUGGUAUUGGUUUGCGGAGCCAAUGCUCUCAGUAUUACUUUGCAAUUGAAGGAUUAUGAAUAUUUGCAGUAUAUUUAUUCGAUCGUGAAUAUUGCUCUAGUUAUAUUUUUCAUAUUUUGGAUUAAGAAGAUGGUUCGAGAGAGAUUGACCAACCAGAGAACUCUCUACUUUACUCUUUACAGUUUAAUACCAUUACUAACUUUGGUUCAUCGUUUCAUUUUGCAAUCAAGUACCACCAAGGAUUUUGUAAACAUGGUGAUUUACUGCAUUUUACCAAGAUCUUUCCAUGAGCAAUUCGGAAUCUCGCAUGCUCAUGUCAACAUGAACAUUAAGGAUAUCAUGUGGCACAACAAUCAUUCCAGCAACUCACAUUUUCCAAACGGCGUUCUUGAUGUGAAUCAUGACUUGACCCAGUUGUACAUUGCAAACUACUUUUUAUUGGGAUUUGGAAUGUUUAUCCGAGGAUACAAAGCACCAGAGCGUUGGAUACCAUUCAAAUUUGACUUGUUUGGAGCAAGUCAUCAAAUUUUCCACUUUUUAUCAGUUUACACAAGUUGGCUUAUUGUUCAUGGAUUUUAUGUCAUGUACUCAAAAGGAGCUUUUCCAAAUGAACAUUUAUAA